AACUUCGGCCUCGUUUAGCGCGACCGCAUUUUCGCACCGGUGGAGGUGAGUGCAACGUGCCGUCAGCCAUGGCCUCCGACGAGCCCAAAGCAAAGAAAAUCAAACUUUCAGAGGAGGAUGAGGCAGAGUCUCCAGCCAAAAAGACUCCUGUCGAACUAAGCCCUAACUCACUCUUUGGAAUGGGAAACCCCUUGCUUGACAUCUGUGCUGCAGUGGACAAAGACUUCUUGGACAAGUACACUCUGAAACCCAAUGACCAGAUCCUGGCAGAGGACAAGCACAAAGCACUAUUUGAGGAGCUGGUGAAGAAGUUUAAAGUUGAGUACCACGCCGGAGGAGCCACACAGAACUCGAUAAAGAUCGCUCAGUGGAUGAUCCAAGAACCCCAUCACGUGGGGACGUUUUUUGGCUGCAUCGGCAAAGACAAGUUUGGAGAGAUCCUGAAGCAGAAGGCUAAAGAGGCCCACAUCGACGCCCACUACUACGAGCAAGAUGAGGAGCCCACAGGGACAUGUGCUGCUUGCAUCACCGGAGAUAACAGGUCUCUGGUUGCUAACCUAGCUGCUGCUAACUGUUAUAAGAAGGAUAAGCAUCUAGACCUGGAAGAAAACUGGAAGCUGGUGGAAAAAGCGAAAGUCUUCUAUAUUGCUGGUUUCUUCUUGACUGUCUCUUUGGAGUCCAUCCUGAAAGUGGCGAAGCACGCGUCUGAAAAUAACAAGCUGUUUUGCCUGAACCUCUCAGCGCCCUUCAUCUGCCAGUUCUUUAAGGACAACCUCAUGCAGGUUAUGCCCUAUGUCGAUGUGCUGUUCGGCAAUGAGACGGAGGCAGCUGCAUUUGCUGAAUCGCAAGACUUUGAGACCAAGGACAUUAAGGAAAUUGCCAAGAAAGCCCAGGCUUUACCCAAAGUCAGCACAAAGAGACAGAGGAUUGUAGUGUUGACUCAGGGGAAGGAUGACACUGUUAUGGCCUUAAAUGACAAGGUCGAGCUGUUCCCUGUACUGAAGAUUGACCCCAAGGACAUUGUUGACACAAAUGGUGCUGGUGAUGCCUUCGUGGGAGGCUUCCUGUCUGAGCUGGUCCAGGAGAAACCGCUGGACCAGUGCGUGAAGGCUGCACACUACGCCGCCAACGUCAUCAUCAGACGAGCAGGUUGCACCUUCCCAGAAAAACCUGACUUCAACUGACACACGUCUGGGCAACUUUUCCUUCAGCCUGAAACCUCAUGCUCACCCUGCCAUAUACAACUCUGAUCCAUGGGCUCAUCUAUUUUCUACAAAUGCUUCCCUCAGUUCUUUUAGCUCUCUUUUUUUUUCUUUUAAUCAGCCACCCGUCCAUGUUACUUUUCAAUACAUCCACAUAGAAUUUCUUAGCAAUUGUUGGUUGGGUGCCUCUUGGCAUGUGCGCCUGUCUCUGUGUCCUCCACUUGGGGCCACUAGUGGAUCAUGAGCCACUGCAGGGAUUUAUUCAUGUACGAAUUUCCGUAAAGGAGUCAUGAUAACACCAUGGAAUAUGAUCAUUUUGGAUCUAAAUGCGACAUCAUGUUUUCAUAGACACAGAGUUGUUUUGUAUUUCGACUCUGCCAGCAUCCGGCUGCACUGAAAGGCAUCAGACUCUGCUACAAGUUUUGUGAGUUGACAUCUUUUCUUCCUCUUGGAGGCCGAAUCAAAGCACAAGAGGCUGAUUCCACAAUGGGAGGACAAAUUAUACACAAACAAAGGAAUAAUGAAUGAAGCACCACUGUCAAGGGAGGUUUUGGAUACGGCUUUGAAAAUGUGCAGUAGUGAUUUGUUUUAGGCUUUUUUUUAAAAGAUUAUGAUUAUUGAUUAGAUGAUUAUUCCUGGAAAUGAGGUUAGAGACAUGUUUAGUUUUACUUUAACAGGCCAGUUAUGAAACCAAAUGUUUUUUUUUUCUUUUAAGCGCACACUUUUUAAAUAUGUCAAAGCCUCUUCCCACUAAGUGUGAUCACUGUUAACUUUCACCUGUCCUGUGUCAAUGAUACUCAGAAGUUACCUUCGACAUGAGCGUUGUGGAAAUGUGUGUCUUUCAGGCAGGUGGUUCUAAUAUUGAGUGCCUUUUUUCCCUUUCUGUCUCUGUAAAUAUUACCAAGUUGGAGCAGAAUGGUGCUAGGUGAACCUGCAUUUGUCUUUUGCUUUCUAGCUGGGUAACCGGUAGUUUGUGGGGCUGAAGAUGGGCUCAUAACAUCUGUAAAAUGCAUGUAAGGUAACCGGUAUUGUUGGAAAGCAGUUAUUACAUUUGAAUGUUCUCUGUGAAAGGAAUACAGUCGGCAUUAAAAUUGACCUGUCCUGUACGGUCCCCAAAUUA